AUGAAGAGCAUGCGAGGUUUGAUGCACACGACUAGUGUCCAAACAACACAUGAGAACAAGACUACUUUCGCUACAACUUCUGUCGCUGGACACAAAAGGAGCUUGUCGAUUGCAGGGGAAGAACAUAGAACAGCUCCGCCUGCAUCGCGCACCACGGUUCAAUUUCAACGAGCCUCUAGCCUUCCCUCGACUGCUCCUAGAAUUUCAGCGAGCCGCAUUGUUCGUCUAGAUGAGCGAGUCGGGCCUUCUGAGUAUUCUCAGAGGGUAGCCAUAGCUGCAACUCCUACUUCUUCUCGUGAUCCCGAGCUUGAUUUGAGCCACCCUUCAUAUGACCUACCACGGCAAAUGGUAGAUAAUUUUGCUUCGCUUGGCAUAAAACAGAUAUACCCAUGGCAAAAAGCGUGCCUCAAAGGGCCCGGACUCCUGACAGGGGAGAAAAACCUUGUAUAUUGUGCUCCGACUGGCGGUGGAAAAUCCCUUGUGGCUGAUGUGCUUAUGCUCAAGAGAAUAUUGCAAGAAAAAGGGACAAAGGCCCUCCUUGUAUUACCAUAUGUUGCAUUGGUUCAAGAGAAAGUUCGCUGGCUACGUAAUGUGGUACAAGGGUUGCGGUUUGCUCCUGAAACUGCCAUCGAUGAUGACAAGCGCAUAUGGCGUCGACGGGCAGAUGAAAAUGCAGUCCGUGUCGUGGGUUUCUUUGGAGGUGGCAAAGUUCGAGCGACUUGGGCCGACUUUGAUAUCGGUGUGUGCACACUGGAGAAGGCAAAUGCACUCGUGAAUACGGCUAUUGACGAUUGUUCCAUCUCUAAACUUCGCGCGGUUGUGCUCGAUGAGUUACACAUGAUUGAUGAUGAUCACCGCGGGUAUCUGCUAGAACUCAUGGCGACCAAGUUGCUCAGCCUCGAACAAUCUGUGCAAAUCGUUGGCAUGAGUGCUACUCUUCCAAAUAUGGACAUGAUGGCCAAAUGGCUUGGUGGACACUGUUAUGAAACUCGGUAUCGACCGGUUCCCAUUGAGGAGCAUCUCGUGUAUGACGGCAACAUUUAUCCCGCAGGUUCUACAAGCAGUCUCAUCAAAACAGCAGCACAACUCAAUAGUCGGACUACACAAACACAGGCACAGACGAAACCCAUUCGACGGAUCGAGCCUUCUACUCACAAGGAGCUGCGCGACCCAGUGCUAAACGCAGUAGUAACACUGGCUUGCGAGACUGCUGUUGCUGGCUUCGGAGCUCUUGUCUUUGCUGGGAGUCGCGGCAUGUGCGAGUCGGAUGCACGAUGGAUUAGUCGAGCCAUGCCUGCUCCGCACGAACUUAGGAUUGAUGUUGUGGACAGGAGAAUGGAUCUGCUUGGAGAGCUCCGCAGUCUCAAUACUGGACUCGAUCCAGUGUUAGAAGAAACCGUGCUUUACGGCGUUGCAUUUCACCGUAAGCGAAACAGUCUUUUAACAGUGUCUAAAUUCAAAGCUAACCAUAACAGACCUGAAGAGAGGGAUCUCGUCGCGGCGGCGCCAGCAAGAAGAGUAAUUCUUCACAACUGUCGAAUGGGACGUGACUUUGUUGGGCCAUCCAUGUUGAGGCAAAUGCGAGGGCGUGCAGGAAGGCAAGGCAAGGCGCCCAUUGGCGAAACAUACCUUUGCUGCCGAGAGAAUGAUCUCGAGCAGGUUGUAGAGCUCAUGAACGCCGAGUUGCCACCAGUCGCGAGCUGCUUGAGUACCGAGAACCGACAGGUUGUAUCUAUUCGUCUGGCAACAAGUCAUGAGGCUAUAUCGGAUUACUUCUCAAAAUCGCUGUUGAGCCAUACUCAUGACUCCCAAUUUGUUAAGAAGUCCAUUACCUCGAGCCUGGAAGAAAUCGAAUCCAUGGGCUUCAUCACUCAAGAUUCUUUGUCAAUGUUCACAGCGACACAAUUGGGAAAGGCAAUUGUGGCCUCCGCCAUCGACCCAGAUGACGGUGUAUUCGUCCAUGAUGAACUUAGCCGAGCUCUUCAGGCGUUUGUCAUGGAUGGGGAGAUGCACGUAUUAUACACAUUCACACCUGUCCAAGAGUCUGGCGUCAUGGUCAACUGGCAAGUAUUCAGAAAUGAAAUGGAAAGGUUGGAUGAGAGUGGUUUGCGGGUGUUGCGCCUUCUAGGUAUCAAGCCUACGACGAUACUCAAGCUGGCCCAAGGCGCCACGCUUCGAGAAACUACGCAAGAAGAGAAGCAGAUAGCUCGGGUGCAUCGACGCUUCUAUCUAGCUCUCCAGUUGCGUGAUCUGUGUAAUGAAGUCCCCAUUCAUAUAGUCGCACGCAAAUACGACGUGCCUCGUGGAAUGGUCCAAAACCUUUCACAAACUUGUCAAGGGUUUGCUGCUGGAAUGAUCAAGUUUUGUGAACAAAUGAGCUGGGGAGUGAUGGCUGCAGCCCUUGACCAUUUUUCUGAUCGUCUUGUGGCUGGUGCAAGAGCUGACCUACUGGCUUUGGCAAAGAUUCCCUUUAUCAAAAGCCGGACAGCACGUGUAUUCUGGGAGAACGGUUUUCGUACAGUAGCAACAAUCGCAAAUGCAGAUCCUACAGAGCUGCUCCCAGUGUUGAUGCAGGCACAACCAAACAAGAUCCGUCUCAAAGGAAAGGAUGAAGAGAAAUAUGAAGAGAAGCUACUCAUCAAGGCAAAGGUCAUAGCUGACGCUGCGAGCAAGAUCUGGAAAGUUCAGAUGCAAGCGGAGAUAGAUGAGGAGUAG